AUAAUGUCACACUCGUGGCGCAACAACUGACAAUUUUUCACCAGCGAUCGUCCGUUCGAAUGCCAUUCAUCGGCUAGCUAUCGAAGGUGUACGAUCACGCGUACGAAAUACUGUCAAACUUGCCAAAGUUGACUUUAUAGUCACUGAAAGUGCAGUGGAAGUAUUAGACGGAGCUAGGAAAUUUUAUUUUUGCGUGAAAAAUGGAUCCCACCACAACAAAUAAUUUCAACGAGCAAGAAAAUCAACAACUACCAGAGAUGUAUUUUGGCUAUAUCACAGAUGAUGUGUUCUUCCAGUCGGACGUAGACUCCAAGGAGAAUCAAAGUGUACCUGAAGUAUUUCAAGGGACUGAGACAGGAGAAAAUCUGGAUACGGUGCCAGCUUGGAUGAGUGAAAUUCUUACUUACGAACCACCACAAGAUGUCGCAGAAAAUAACAGCGAAAUGUACAGUCCCGCUCCAUCGUCGGUGGGCAGCUCGUUUAGUUACACUACAAAUGACAACAACGAGCUGGCCGAUCGAGAGAAAUUCUUGUGCUCCCUUGCCGGACUCGGAGUUACUGAAGAGGAGCUUGCAGAAUUGGGGGUGAAAGAGUUAAAUAGACUUUUGAAGUCGAAAGGACUUAGUACAGAGGAACAAUCAAGGAUAAAAUAUCGCCGAAGAACCCUGAAAAACCGCGGCUAUGCCCACAAUUGUAGAAUCAAGCGCAUUAGCCAGAAGAAAUCACUGGAAGAAACAAAUUGGGAGCUCGUUCAAGACUUAGAAAAUCUUCGAAAGGAGCUCGAGGCUUCUAAACGUGAGCGGGAUAUGUACAAAAGGAAGUACGAAAAUCUCUACGCUAUGGUGAUGAAGCAGAAGAAAUCUAGAUAGACGUAUCCAGAGAAAUGGGACUUGUACACCCGAUAAAAGAAAAAACCUUUGAACUUGAAAGCACGCUUGUUUGAAGUGUCAAAUCCGAGCGUGUUUACGCGUAUCGCCUCGAAACCAGCUGAGAACUUCAAAACUACUUACUUUGUACGGAAAAACUCUCUUCUGGUGAAUGUACACAAAAGCAAGCACUCUAUGCGCCGAUGUGUAGCUUUAAAUUCGUGUCAAUACUACGCUCUGGAUUUAUAAUUUGAAGGCAAAACACGAGGCGAACUAUAAAACGUUCAGACAACGUUCAAGUCAGACAGAGACUUGCCCGGGCCUGUCAGCAUGUAAACAACAGUCAAUUGCAUACGAGCGAACACUGACCGCUUCGAGCGCGGGCUCAUCCCUAAGAAAAAAAAAAAAGAAAAAAAAUUCCUAUCGUUCAUCAACAAAACAGAAUACAAAAAUAUAUGGAAAAUAAUUUACAAAAAAAUAUAUGUACGUUUUAAUGCUUUUUAUGUUUGGUCUUGUUUGGUUUAUAUAUAUCUCUGAAAUGUAAACACAAUUUACAUGAAAAACUAUGUAUGCCUUUUUUAAUCAUACAUAAAUGCAAACUAGCCAAAAAUACAUUGUUUUUGCAAAGCAAUUUUAAGAAGGUACAUAUCAAUAAAGUAUUGUUUCCUUUUAAAA